GUCCCUUUUGUUGUGUCGGCACAAAUAAAAAUCGGAUGAAUGUGAGCCAGGACCGCCACCACCACCACCUCCACCUUACUGCAAGCAUCUCAUACCCAGCCUGUUUGCCAGAGCUGGAUCCCAGUGUAGAGCUGAUUGUGCAGCAGGCGAUCAGUGGGCUAUCGGGGGUCUGCAAAGGCUCCGUGGCUUCAAAAAGAAGAAGAGGAGGGAGGAAAAAGGAGGAGGGGCUGUGGUGAGCUGGUGGGCUUCCUCUGCCUCACAGACACAUUUUAUUGACUUGCUAAUUGGAUGAGGCACUCGGAGGAGAGGAUGCAGUGACCGAGAGGAGCUGCUCUCCAGAGGAGGGAUACAGGCAGAGUGAAGCGUUGCUUGGGUUGUCUAAAUCCAGCCACUUCAUCUCUUCCUCUUUUUUUCCUUUUUUUUUUUUUGGAAAAGAAAAUCCAGAGACAUAACAACAGAUGUUUUUCAUCAUCUCCCAGUGACCCUCACACCGUGCUUUAAUUUUAUUCAUGACAUUGUCGAAUGGAAGCUCGAGGUGCCAGACGCUCCACGACAAAUGGAGCUCUUUUCCUGUCAGCCGUGUGUGAUGUGUCACUUGAUGUGAACGGCGAUCUGAUGGCAAGAUAAAUCCCCCAUCUAACGACAUGUACGCGGAGCAGUGCGAUGGAUUUUCUUCAGGAAUAAUGAAGUCGUCCCCUGGUUGCUAUGACUGAGGUGUGUAGGUCUGGUGAGGUCUGAGAGCAGGUGCCACUGUGCCCAGGUCUGCUGUGCCCAAUGGACAAAGCCGGCAACCCACAGAAACGCACCACCUACCUCAUUUCCCUCACUCUGGUGAAGGUUGAGGCUGUGCCAGAGGAUGAAGCAGGGAACCAGAGGGAGGCUGUUCCACAGGGGGAAGGGAGCCCUAAGAAGGAGGAGGAGGAGGAGGAGGAGGACGAUGUGAGCUAUGGCCCUGAAAAGGAGGAAGGACUUGUGUGUGAGAACGUGGUGGGAAAGGGAAACACACAGGUGGAAGAAGAAGAAGAAGAAGAAGAAGUAGAAGAAGAAGAAGCAGAAGCAGAGGAGGUGCAGGUUAAGUAUGGCACCCCCACUGAGAGCAGAGGCAAACCUGACAAGUGGGACACUCAUGGACCCCAGAGAGACAUUCCUGGUAAAAGCAAAAACACUUCACUUGUUCACCAGGCACCUGUCAGGCAAAUGAUCAAAGUGUAUGGAGGAACUACCUCUGAGGUAUACGUGCGCAGAGAGGGACCUCGCUCAGAGGCUCUGCGCCCCAAGACGGAGCUCUACCGUGAACCCCCUGUGCUCUUCUUAAAGGGUGAAAAUGGAGCAGACUUGAACAGUCGCUCACGCUGCAGCCUCCCUUUCUCCAUCCCGCCACAGGUCAGCCAGCGUCCAGAGGUGCUGAUGAGGUCCCAUGUAGGAGGUAACUCUGCAGGCUGGAGGGACCUCAGAGAUGCCAAUACCAGUUUGUAUCACUCUGCCAAGACCUUGGACCGUAGAGACAACCGGGACCAUUCCACAUUAAUGGCAGCUACAACUCUGGGGCCUUACAGGGCGUCGUGGGCUGACAGCGACGGCAGGGGCACGCUCAUCCGCCCCGGACCUUCCAUCAGUGGAGGAUUUUCAGGCGUAAUGACGCGGGACAGUCCACAGGGUGAGAGAUAUAAGGCCGUUUCUGUUUCCCUGCCCACACCUCCUGUGACUGAUGUGUCCAGACCUCCAAGAAAAGGAACGAGUCGUACUCUGGACAACAGCGACCUCCAUUCCCUCUCUGAUGACCCGAGGAAGGGGAAGGAGGGUCAGGGAGGAACGGUCCAGCGAGCGCCUCGAGACCGCAAGAUGCUCAAGUUCAUCAGUGGGAUUUUUACCAAAACUACACCUGUGCCACCCUCCGUCAACGUGCCACCUCCCCUCUAUCCAGCUGUGGAGAGAGGCUCAAGUGAAGAGGAAGGUGCAUUCACCAGCAGUCAGGAAUGGACCAUGAGCCAAAUUGUGCAAGAGCUUCACUUGGGGGUUUUGGGAGGUCUGUGCAGUGGGAAGUCAGCUCUGGUCCACAGACACCUGACAGGAAGUUACCUGCCUCUGGAAACCGCUGAGGGACGGCAGUGCUUUAAGGACGUCCUCGUUGAUGGACAGAGUCACCUUUUGAUAAUCAGAGAGGAGACAGAACUGCCAGAUGCUCAGUUUGCAGGUUGGGUGGAUGCAGUUAUCCUCGUUUUCAGUCUGGAAAAUGAGGCCAGCUUUCAGGAAGUUUACAAAUUCUACCACCAGCUUGCAGUCCACCGACCUAUCGCUGAGAUACCUUUCGUAGUAGUUGGCACUCAGGAUAAGAUCAGCAGCACCAAUCCCAGAGUGAUCGACGAUGCCAGGGCCAGACAGCUGUGCUCAGACGUGCGGCGCUGCACUUAUUAUGAGACCUGCGCGACAUACGGCCUCAACGUGAACCGAGUCUUCAAUGAUGCUGCUCAGAAGAUCAUGGCAGCCAAGAAGCAAGCUGCUCUGCUGGCCUCCUGUAAAUCUCUCCCCAACUCGCCCAGUCAUUCUGGAGGCUCCACCCCAGUGUCGGGCAUCUUUCCAGGACAGGCCAGUAAUGGUGGUCAGAGCAGUGACUACUCCUCAUCACUUCCCUCCACUCCUGUCAUCAGUCAUAAGGAGAUUGGCAGGACAGCGAGGGGAGAGAAACAGGACAGUGCCACGCCGGGGUCAGUCCGCAGCGCCACCCGGAGACGCACCCCUCGAUUCUCGGGCCGGAGAGGCAGCGACUCAAACAGAAAAAGUGCAGACUACAAGGGAGAUCUGGGCAUCGGACGCUCCAUUCCCAUCAAACAGGGCAUCUUGCUGAAGCGCAGCGGGAGCUCGCUCAACAAGGAGUGGAAGAAGAAGUAUGUCACGCUGUCCAACGAUGGCAUACUGUCCUAUCACUCCAGUGUCAACGACUACAUGCUCAACACCCCGGGGAAAGAGAUGGACCUGCUGCGAGUGACUGUGAAGGUGCCUGGAAAGCGGCCGCCUCGGGCUGUUCCCGCCUGUGGUCCUCCAGCCGGGCUCAACGGUCGGGUCAAAGACGUGCCGGGACCUGAGGGUGUCAGUCCAGUGCCUGUAAGUGCCAGUGGCCUCCUACAGGUGGAGGAGAUGGAGGGGCUGGGGGGCGCACUCUUCCUGAGGACUAACAGAGGCGUGCAGCGGUGCCCCUCUACUUUAUCUAACCACGCGCAAACUGUUGACUCUGCAGUUGAAGGAGUCUCCAGCUCCUCCUCCACCAAAGAUGUAGGCUGUGCCUCACCAGUGACCGACAGGAAGAAGCAUCGCAGGAAGAAGAGCAUGAACCAGAAAGGAGAUGCUGCCCCUGGUCAAGCUGAUGCCAAGCGCAAAAUGUGGAAACUUAAAAGCUUUGGUAGCUUAAGAAACGUAAGCAAGACAGAUGAGGACAACUUUGACUUCCUCGUCGUGUCGAGCACCGGCCAAACGUGGCACUUUGAAGCCCAGAGUGUGGAGGAGAGGGAUUCCUGGGUCCAAGCCAUCGAGAGCCAGAUCCUGGCCAGUCUGCAGCUGUGCGAGAGCAGCAAAAACAAGGCUCGCAGGAACAGCCAGAGCGACGCAGUGGCUCUGCAGGCAAUCCGCAACGCAAAGGGCAACAGCUUCUGUGUGGACUGCGACGCUCCGAAUCCAACCUGGGCCAGUCUGAACCUGGGUGCUCUCAUUUGCAUCGAGUGUUCGGGGAUCCACAGAAACUUGGGGACUCAUCUGACGCGCGUUCGCUCACUGGACCUGGACGAUCUUCCCCGGGAGCUGACGCUGGUUCUCAGCGCCAUCGGCAACCACAUGGUCAACAGCAUAUGGGAGGCGCGCACGCUGGGCCGACGUAAACCGGCACCUGAUGCUUCACGAGAGGAGCGAGAGUCGUGGAUCAGAGCCAAAUAUGAGCAGAAACUGUUUGUGGCACCGUUGCCUCCUCCCACUCCCGGUGAGGGUCCAGACAUCACACUCUCUGGCCGUCUUCUGUUGGCAGUGAUGGAGCACAACCUCCCAAAGCUGCUGCUCCUUUUGGCCCACUGCACUAAGGAGGACAUUAAUGCACCGCUCAGCCUGGCCCUCUCCUCCAGGUCGCUCUUAGCACUGCGACUGCCCGGCUCUGCCUUGCAUGCCGCCUGUCAGCAGGGUGAUGUGGUGAUGACGCAGCUUCUUGUUUGGUAUGGCUGUGAUGUUCGGUACCGCGACGCUCAGGGCCUGACGGCGCUGGCUCUGGCUCGCAGCGCUGGCAGCCAGGAGUGUGUCGACAUCUUGCUACAGUACGGAUGCCCCAAUGAGGCGGCCCCCUCCAUUGCCACGGCAGUCGGCUUCGCAGCAGCCACGACGUCCAGCUUCCCUGUUGCCAUGGCACCGGGUCCCACAGUUGCCACGACACUCAAAAUCUCGCACAAGAGUGGAGGCACCAGCUUGAGCUACAGCACUUCAAGGAGAGCAGUGUCCUAAUGAAAACAUAGUGCAGUAUAAUGAGUAAGUGUAUGUGUGUGUGUGUGUGUGUGUGUGUGUGUGUGUGUGUGUGCUUGGAAUGACUUAACCAAAACAAAAAGAGAACUUUUCCUGGCAACACAUGACAUGGCAUCAGAUUUUAAUAGGAAUGUAUUGCACUGUUUACCAGCUGGUAUGAUUCAUAUUAUACAUCACGCAGUCAAUAUCCUACCGUGUUUAAUUAUCAAAUACCAGUAUAUUCACUCUGUUAACAAUGGAAAUCUGCCUUUUCUCAAAGUGAGCGCCAAGAGCCCAGAGGUAAGAAGACUGCAAUAAGUUUACUAUUUGAUAAACUGACACCUCUAUUUUCUGAUCUGUCUCGCUUGAAAUCUCAGUGUCCGACGCAUCCAUUCUUCUUCCUACCUUUAUAGACCAUGAAUGUCAGUUUUAAAUUCUGUGAGUGUGUGUGUGCGUGUGUGUGUGCGUGUGUGUGAGUGUGCGUGUGCCGUGUUAUGCUCUGCACAGCUGGUUGUUCACUGCAGAAAUAAUGUUUGUGUGGGAAAAAAAUCCUAAACUUUACUGAGGUUGAUUAACAAAGGCUGAUUUAAAGAUAGCUAAAUGAAGUGUAAAGAGAUGAACUGAUAAAAAUAGUAUGAUAUUCUAAAGAAAAAAAAGAAGAAGUGCUCCAUUUUCCAGAUUGCUCUUGUAUGAUUUUGUACAGUUGGUUCCGUGUAUAGAAAACAAAGGGUUACUUAUUGUUGUUCAGAGAUUUACUGCACAGCCUCUCAGUGUGGAUUUUUCUUUGAAAACCACCUGAUUAACACUUUGACAUCCCAGACUGAGAUUUCUGUGUCAUGUCUGUAUCACUGUGUGCGACGUCAACACUGUACCUGACGCUUCAUAACAGCAGCUCAUCUUCGCGGCGGAGCUCAGCGCUCGCCAUGUAAACGGAGGCGUUGGCGUGGCUUGGUCGUGACUGAAUGUAUACAAGGUUUAUUAUUUCCAGCGCUGAGCACUGGUUUCCCAGACAGUGCUGCGCGUUAGAGUGUUUGAUGAGGAAUUAACGCUCCUGCUGUGAUUAAUAGAUCAAAGAAUCUGAUCUAUAAACCCGGGCCAUGAAUGAUUAUUAUUAUUAUUAUAUUUACAAGUGACUAAAAUGGGAGAAAUGAAGGAAUGUUGCCCCAAUUAUUAUUAUUUAUAAAAGGGCAUAAACCUAAACCAUCCUGCAGUACUGUGUGUAUUUUUGUGUUGAUCUGAAGACUCUGCUGCGUGUAUAUGUGUCUGUGAUGUAAUCAUAUGUCUCCAUUUGUAUUUUUAUACUCAUGGAAUGAUUAAUAGGGAAGUCGUUAUCGACACACCGAGGCUGCUACCUAAGCUUUUGUGUUUUAACACGUUUUUGUUUUUCUCUGUGCUGGGGCUCUGAGCAAACAUGUAUACGGUUUAUAUCAAAAUAUGAAUGGAUACAUUUAAACUGUAUGAAUUUGCUGCAGGGAGGUUACGUGAGGCUCCAGCAGAAAAGCAGGCAGAAGGUUUGCUUUGUUUUGUCGUACGUGUACAGGUGGGACUCCUCCUGUGGCCGCUGGCCAUAACUUAACAUUCUUUUUAGCAUUUGAACAUUAAAACUCCUGCAUCAGACCGGCUCUUAUUAAAGGCCCCCACACCAGCUUUAUGGCUUUGACCUACUUUUAUCUGGGUCAAAGUAAUUUCUAUGGAGAGGAGUCAUUUUUAUUCCAUCACACUAUCUCUGAGGUGGUUUCACUUUCACGGCCUCACACUCGUAAAGUGAUGUCUCUGGGCAAACACACACACACACACACGUCAACAACAACAAUAAUAAUAAUAAUAAUAAUAACUCCAAGGCAACAUCAGAAGUGAUGCCAAUAAAUAAAGUGAUGGUUUGAUGAUUUAUAGAUGUUGAUGUUCUGAAACCAUAUUUAAAAAAAUAAAUAACUAUGUAUAUAUAUAUAUAUAUAUAUAUAUAUAUAUGUUAAAAAAGAGGUUUAUGUAUGAAAUGGAACGGUGAUAUUUGAAUGAUAUAUAGACAUAAUAUAGAUGUAUAAUAAAAUAAUUUAGUCCUGAAAAUAUGAAAAUAAAGUGUAGAAAGAUUUACCAUCGAUCACUUCUAAUUUUUUCCAUUGAACAGCACCAUUGAUGAAAAAACAUAAUUCACUGAAUUACUACGUUUGCAGAUUAUACUUUGAUUGAUUUGCGCCACAUACAGUAAACCUGUGUUAAACUCGAGGCAAAAGCUUGGUGUCCCCUGAUCGCCACACACUUUAACAUAUUAAAGAAAUCUAACCGUCUUUACUUGUAUUAAUUUUGCCAUUAAACUGGUUUACUUGUUUAAUUCAAGUUCAGUAAAACCACACUUAGUAUUAAAGUACAAUAAACAAUAAAGUAUUAAAAAAAUGAAUACUCGGCUACUUUUGUGAUUUCACUGCCCUCUAAUGUUAAAAAACAGGCUACUCAAAGGUGGUGGGAGGGGGGCCCCCAAAUCAAAUUCAUCUUAGGCCCCCAUAAAGUCUUGGGCCAACCCUGGUUAAAGUCUACUAUUUUUGGGUGAGCUAUAGGUGCAAAUAAAAUCAAUAUAUUGUUUAUGUGUGUGUAAUAGAUUGCAGUGUAUGAAAAAGGAAAUGCCAGUUGUGUGUUUUCCCCUCCAAACCGACUCCAUCCACUUGUAACAUGCAGUAAAAACCCUCACACACAUCGACCUCAGCUCUGGAACAACUCCAGAGGUUCAUGGAUCACACAUUUGUAAUCAUGAUUGUGAAUGUCUUAUAAAAAAUAAAAACAAAAAUAUUGCAAAGUUUAAUGUUAAUGUUGGACAAAGGUUUAGUGCAAUGGAUACGUUUUUGUUGGGCUUUCUAUGCUUUUUUUUGGAAGUUUACUGCUUGACAUAAUGUGAGUACUGGUGUUUAUCUCGGUCCAUUUUGGACCAUUUUUAUAUGUCAACACAAAACUGCUCUGCGCCGCGUUUGAUAAGAGGAAAAAAAAGAGAGAGACUGAGGGAACACUGGUCCAACAGCAGAGUCUCAUUUCUGUUCUGAGAGAAAAUAAUCUAAGAGUGAAUGAACAAUAAUAACUAGCAGAGAUUAUCACUUUCAUCCUACAAAAUAAAAACAAUGCUGCUGUGA